CCAUCCUAAUUUAUUUACUCAUUAAAGAAAUUCUCUUAUUUUAUUGACUCAAAGGCUUAGGGUUGAAAAGUGUACAAAUUUCCAAAAAAUACCCUUUCAAACAACACAAUUACUUUGAUAGUUGUGUUCGAAUUUUACACUGAAAAGGAGUAUGUAAUACCAAAAUGCACCUGCAGUACUAAACUUGUAGAACUACGCAAAGAACUAAGCAAGUUAACCCAACGAUUGGCCGAGUAGGUAAGCCCUACUACUUGGGAGUUGGAUCUCUCGUACAUAAGUUUUCGGUUCGAAACAUCUCAGCAACACCAGUUUUUACAUAGUCAGUUCACAUAGAACUUUGCUCCGACCUUAAAUUGUCAUCCGUUGGUGGAUUGUUAUCCUUAAAAAAUGAAUCGAGCAUAAACAACCUUGGAUAUGCACCCUGAGUUUAAAGUAAACAACUAACCAGUUUAGCACCUUCUUAUGAAGCUUCCUGCAACCAGGUGAAUGUUGCUAUAGCCAUGAUGCUGUAUUAAUCGUCAAACUAGUCUGUCUCCAUUUCCAAGUUCCAAAAGUUUCGAUUAUACAUCAAAAAGCCCAAAAUGGCUCAGCUCCAUGUCCUUUUCUUCCCCAUGAUGUCUCACGGCCACAUGAUCCCAACUCUUGACAUCGCCAAACUCUUUGCCGCCCGUGGCGUCAAAUCCACUAUAAUCACCACUCCCCUGAACGUCCAUUACUUCACAAAAUCAGUAGAAAGAACCAAUGAGCUGGGUUUCCAGAUGGGAAUCCUCACGAUAGAUUUCCCGGCUGCCGCUGCUGGCUUGCCUGAAGGGUGCGAAAAUGUCGAUCACAUCACUUCGGACGACUUGAUCCCCAAUUUCAUCAAAGCCACCACCAUGCUCCAAGGCCCACUGGAGAGGCUCCUUGACGAGGUCCGAGCCGAUUGCCUCGUUGCCGACGUGUUCUUCCCGUGGGCCACCGACGUUGCCGCAAAAUUCGGCAUUCCACGGUUGGUCUUCCACGGGACUAGUUUUUUCGCCCUCUGUGCUUCGGAGAAUGUGAGGUUAUACAAUCCUCAUAGAGAAGUUUCGUCCGAUGACGAACCCUUUUUGGUGCCCGAUCUUCCUCAUCAAAUUAGUCUCACGAAAAUGCAACUGUCACCGGAAGAACAGGACGAGUCCGGAUCAGAUAUUGCUAAACUGCGGAUAAGAAUGAAAGAAUCGGAGCUAUCAAGUUAUGGAGUUAUAGUCAACAGCUUUUACAAGCUUGAAACAGAGUAUGCUGAUUAUUACAAGAAUGUUUUGAAAAGAAGGGCUUGGCACAUUGGACCCGUUUCAUUAUGCAAUCGGGAAAUUGAAGACAAAACACAGAGGGGCAAAGAAGCAUCGAUUGACGAACACGAGUGUUUAAAAUGGCUUGAUUCCAAGAAACGAAAUUCGGUGAUUUAUGUUUGUUUCGGAAGCAUGGCGAAAUAUGGCGAUUCUCAGUUAUACGAAAUCGCAAUGGGUUUGGAAUCUUCUGGCCAACAAUUCAUCUGGGUUAUUAGGAGAGAGAAAAACAAAGAGAAAAACGAGGGGUGGCUAGCGGAUGGGUUUGAAGAGAGAAUGAAAGACACGGGCUUAAUUAUCAGAGGAUGGGCUCCCCAAGUGUUGAUUCUUGAUCACGAAGCCGUGGGUGGUUUCUUGACUCACUGUGGGUGGAAUUCGACGUUGGAAGGGCUUAGCGCCGGAGUUCCGAUGGUGACUUGGCCGGUGUUUGGUGAGCAGUUUUACAAUGAGAAAUUGGUGACUGAGAUUUUGAAGAUCGGGGUUAGUAUUGGGGCUUUGAAGUGGAGGUUGGUGAUUGGUGGGGUGAGGAGAGAGGAGAUUGGGAAGGCGGUGCAACGGGUUAUGGUGGGGGAAGAGGCGGAGAAGAUGAGGGAUAAGGCAAGGGGGUUUAAAGAGAUGGCGGCGAAGGUGAUUGAGGAAGGUGGAUCAUCACAGGCUGAUUUGAAUUUUUUGAUUCGCGAGUUGAGUUUAUUGAAGCUGAAUUAG